UUUCAUUCACAGCGUCGUGGUAUAACAGCAACCGAGUCAAUAAAUACCUACUUUUUAAAAAGAUCAUUCAAUUCACAAUGCAUUAUUGGUUAGUAUUUUUAGUGUUUCUGUAAACCGCAACGUUGCAAAGGCGUGGCCGGACCUGGUUUAACGUUCUAAUGGGCGUGGUCACUCUCCCAGUAUUGUCAGACUUGUGGUGACGCGAAUUUGAGCCAGGCGUUGGACAGUCUGUAGCGGGGUAGUUAUUUACACUUGUGUGUUUUAUAUACUCUGUAAACACAGUGGAAAUGAACUCGUGCAACAUCCAGGUCCUGUUGCAAGCAGCGGAGUAUCUUGAGAGGAGAGAACGGGAAGCAGAGCACGGGUAUGCAUCUGCAUCGCCGUUUUACAAUAAGAGUGCUGCGGAUCAGCGAAGCAAGCAGAAACCCCGGAAGAACCCGGACAGCAUCAGGACAGUGCACAAUGAGCUGGAGAAGCACAGACGAGCCCAGCUUCGCCACUGCCUGGAGCAGCUGAAACAGCAGGUCCCUCUGAGCGCAGAGUCCUCGAGAAACACGACUCUGAACCUGCUGCGCCGGGCUCGCCUGCACAUCAAGCUGCAGGAGCAGGACAAGCGUGCUGAACGUAUGAAGGACCGUCUGCGCUGGGAGCAGAGUGGGCUGCGCGGGAGGCUGGAACAGCUGCUGGGGGGGACAGAGAGAACGAGGAACGACAGCCUGGGAUCAGCACUGUCUUCGGAGAGGUCCGACUCUGACCAAGAGGACAUGGAGAUUGAUGUGGAGAGCACAGUGUUCGUGUGUGUGGAGACGGAGAGCCUGGGAGUUACACAGCGCGAAGGAGAUCACAGCUACUCCAGCCCAGGACUGGUCUGGCUAUGACACCAACACCAUCUGCUGGUCAGAAGAAAGAAAAAACAAAAAAGUUUUUUUUGUUUCGGCAGUGAAACAAUUAGAGAAGCACUUACUGAAACCCGGCUACAGCACAGGACCUUCUGUGACAGGUUUGCAUUCAUUUUAUAGAUGCAAUCCAAGCAGGCAACAUGCAAAGACCUGCAGGAAUCACUGGAGACUAAUACAUUAUCACAACUGCGCUUCCUGUCAAUAGGACAAGGGCAUGUACAAAAAAAACCAACACACACCAGACAUGGAAAUCAAACUCCUGUUGCUUAACAGUUUAAUAAGAGCUUGGUACUUAUACACUGGGGCUAAUUAACCUGGAAUGAGUGAACCUCCUAUGCAACAGGAGUCUUCUUUCCAUCCCUACAGUCACACACACCUGAAAACAAAUUCCAUGGCAAGGGAUCUGAUAAACAGUAUAUGAGUAAUUCUGACAGGAUAAAUUGUUAAAUGAUACUCAGUCGACUGUUCUCCAUAGAACUCCAGUGUGCAAUUCUUCAAUAUUCGUUAUUCCCUUUGCCCCAGGGAUGGACUGUUUUGCAGAACUUAAUUUCCCAUCAAAGCUUGGUGCCUUUCUGCUCAGAGUAACAGAUGCAAAAGAGUUAACAAAAGGGAAGCUAAAGGGUAGUUAGUGUAUUUUAGAUUCAUUUUGAAAUUUGAUGUAAUACUAAAAUCUCACCUUAACCCUUGUGACAAGUCCAGGGUGCCAAACUGGGUUGGGUUGUUAGCAGCUUUGGAAAAUUAUAUUUGUGAAUGGUGAUGAAAUUGUGUUUUUUUUUUUUUUUCAUUGUAACUUGGUGCGAAGGGAAUUGUAAGCUGUAAAGGGCCGUGUUCACAAAACAUCAUCGUGAUACGUUUGCACCAUUUCUUCUGUUAAAAACCUAAACGCAGCUAGAGUACAAGUGCAGCCAGCAGCUCUUUAAAGAAAUGUAAAGCUUUGUAACAUCAACUGUUUAGAAAAACAAAAAUGCAGGUUUAAAUGGACGGUGACAAGUGCUUUGUGAAUACGGCCUACAGUCUGUUAUAUAGAAGAAGGCGCUGAUGUGGCUUUCUACUGUCCAGAGCUGACUGUUUGCACAGGCUGCGAUACUGCCGUACUGAUCGUGGCUCCACUCUGAGAUUCGCACUGUGUUCUACUGGCAGUGUGAGUGUGCCAGAGUCUCUGGACCCACUGCCCUCCCUCCGUACUGCAGGCUGGCGGUCUGACCACCAAGCUGGGGUGAUGGGCUGACCAGAGUAUAUCUGAACAGCGGCUCUUGGGCUGUCUGUGCCAGGCAAGCCAGUUAGGCACCUGGACGCCUAUUUUAAGUCUGUCAGGCACUGAAAAAGUAAAAGUUAAUUGUGACUUUGAAUUGAGCAAGCUGUCCUACUGCUCUGCCCAUAACCAUAAAUACCAGCUGGACUGCCGCUGUUCAGAAAGAAAGCCUGGUACCUCACCUCACACACAGCACUAAACUGCCUUCUUUCUUUCAUUUCCAUUGAGGUAAAAUGUUAUUUUGUACACUUUAUAUUUAUGAGUGAGUUUGAAGGUGGGCGGGUUGACGGAGCACUUCAGCGUUCCAUUCAGUAUGUUAUUGUGUAGAUGUUUCUCGUGAUUAUGUAGAGCUGACACCCAUCCUCGUGUUGGGACCUGUUGUAUCAGUGGUCUGGAUAAGCAGGUGCUGCUCAGUGUUCAGCACAGACAAGCCUCAGUGAGGUUCAGCAAGCGUGCCUCAUUAGAGCAACUGCUGUUUCAGAAUGUGCAAGGAGCCCUUAUCCACCUAGAAGCACUUAGGAACCCCGCGUUUCAUUGUUUUAAUUUAAGCUGGGUUUUUUUUGUUUUUUUUUGGGGGGGGGGGGGGGUAAUUUGGCUAUUGCUAAACAGCCAAGUGGUAGAAAGUCUUGUAAGUAGCUUUACUAGUGUUAGUACAGAUCCACAUUGAGUGCUUUCCCAGAUGCAGUAUCUCCCCUCUAGGAGAAACCAAGUCUGUCAUUCCUUAUGUGACAGUGCCCUCUAGGGAUGACCGUGUCGUUGUACAGCAUGCUUAAAAUAUAAAAAAAAUGAGAUGCAUUGAAAAUAAUCAAACACAGUUAUGAUGUUAAGUCUGGAUUGUCAGGUGUCGGUUGUAAUCUCACUUCCAAUGUAUUGUCCUAGAAUGCUGUGCCCCAGAACCUUGGUUCUCUCUUGUGAAUUGGUUUAUUGUUUAAAGCAAUGGAGGUUUCUGGACUGCUUACGUGGAAUCACACCUUCGCCGCUUGGUUGUAAAUGCAAGGUUGGUUAAGAGAAGAAGCAACUCAAGCACGUUCGACAUUUCUAGAACUUGCUGUCCUGUUUCCUUCUUUUCACAGAAAAUAACAAAACAGCUGUGCUCACCGAACCUUAACGAUGAUCAGGCACAGCAAUGCUUGUUUGCAGAAGUCCAGAAACUCGCUCUUAACGACAUUGUCCUAAGUAUCAUCCUGACACUAAAGUAAGCUCUCGGCAAGUAAAUACAACAAAAUAAUCUACUGGUGUUAAAGUCUUAACGAGACUACAGCAGAUGAAAGGCAAUGUGUUUCAAAUAAACACUGCAGAUUGUGUUAUGUGCCGGGCCGGGCAGUACCCCAGCCUCUGGGCUCUGGAGCCGGUAAGGGCUUGCUGUGGAAGCUGAAGGCAUGAUGGGAAAGACUCAAUACUGGAUCAGAGUUGGGCAGUUUAUUAUUUCCUCUCCCAGUAGAAGUAAUCUCAUGUAGCAUUGUUUAUACUUGUAUGAUUUUGUACGAUAAUAAAUAUUUUUGUAUAUUUA